CGUGUCGUUCAUUGCCAUUAAUAUUUUGCAACGUGAAGUUUUUUUAAUGAAAUUUUUUAAAUUUUUUAAUUCUUUAUUUUACUAACAAAUAUGCGUUUCGCUAGCGAGCACUGACCGUUUAGCCGAACUCAGUGCAAUGCCAGCCACGGUACACUUUUGUUUUAUUUCUUGUGACAUGCGAAAUUGAUUACGGUGUUUUACAAUUGAGUAGGAUAGGCUGUGUAUGUCAAUACAAGUGUGUCGGUAACCAAACAAUCUGUCGAUUAUACGGGCAUUUCUGUUGUAAUCAGAUGAUGGAAAGUAAAUGCUCUAUUUCUUUAUUUAGCUCUUCGGAUUUAAAUCAAAAGCCAGGACUCAACACACCUGAGCCAGAGUGUGUUACAGCACACAGCAGGGUCAGUGAUGUACACCACACACACACAUCACUGAUUAAAAUAGAAACUGAUCUGGGCUCCUCCCACACUGGCAAUCUUAUUAAGACCGAGAGCCUCGACAGUGCAGAGCUGGGAUAUGUAACCCAUCUGCACCCUGACGAGAUCAAAACAGAAGCUGAUGAUGGAGGAUACCGUCAGGCAGAACACAUCAGUGACUUGCAGGAUAUUAUAUGUGUUAAUAUUAAAUCUGAUGAAAUGAAGUGUGAAUCCAGUGAAGGUUUAGUGAGUGCUCUCAUGAAUACUGUGAUAACUGGAGCUGGUGUUGAUCACAAAGACCAGACUGAACCAUGGAAAUAUACAGGAGGGCCAAUGCUGACCCAACGGAGUAAUUUAAAUCCUCACUGUGACGUAAUCAAUGGAAACAAGCAUGUCCAGGAUCUUCCCCGGGUACUCACUCCACCGGUUAUCACCGGGGAAGACUCUGAGGAGUCCGCAGGCCCUGACGGACAGCUGGGCUACCAGCACGUUACCCGGCUGGCCAGUGCCUUAGUGGACUUGCGGGAACUGGACUUCGUGUCGGACGCCAAGGUGGACAAGCUGGUGUGUCUGUGGACCGCUCUCCCAGACGCAGACAAAAGCCGGCUUGUCUACCCUUCCCGGCACCAGGAGAGGCUCGUGAAGGGGCGGUUCAAGGCAACGAAGAGCAAGACCUCUGUCAUGCCAGGAAAGGAGAGUCUCCAACGUUGCCUUCUUGGACAAGCCUCGGGUCCUGCAAGUUGGCCGAGCGCCAGUCGCCUGGUGGAGGCCAUUUGCAGCCAGCUCUGCCGCCUGCACCCCACCGGAUACACGUCCAGCGGAGUCCGGAGGACGCGGUGGGCGGCAGUGCUCGCGGAUUAUACCCACAUCCGCGAGCUCGUGCUGGACAACCCGAGGCUGAUGGCCCAGACCACACUGCAACUGUUCGAGCUGAACCAGCGCACUCUCUCCCAGUGGUUCUCCCGGAGGCAGAAGGAGUGGGAGAGAACUGUGCUGGAGCAGGCCGUGGUGGCUCCCUCUACUCCGGCUGUCGCUUCCCAGCCGUUGCCACGGCAGCUCCUUCGGGGUGAGGUGAGCGGACAGCCGCCAUUCGUCUUCGUCACCCCAGAAGACCGGUCGCGCCAGGCCACCCAGCACAGACGGAUCGCCCACGCGCACAUCCUGCCAUCCUCCGGCGUCCCAGCCCAGCUCGACACCGCCACGCCACCGCCCGUUCCGCGGACAACAGCGUGGCGGCGGCGCAAAGAGGCGGAGAGAGCGAGGGCGGGAGGCGCCAUUCCGCCAAAGCGGCGGAAUCCGGUGGAGUACAUCUGCGCGCAGUGCAAACAGCCGAAGCGGCGGGAGUUCGGGCACAGCCGCUUCGGCAAAGUGUCUUUCUGCGCCGCCGCCGCCGGAAGGUCUGUGGAGGAGUGGCUGGCAGAGAUGAAGGGCGCUCGGGAGCGAAGCGUCCAGGAGGGCGCUCAGGAGCGAAGUGCCCAGGAGGACGCUGAUCCACCUGCUGGGCGGCGGACGCCUUAUCCCUGUAAAUAGUUCCGUGUUUGUCAGAUAGACUUCUGGCCGAUGCAGCUUAUUUGAACUCAGAACGAGUGGUUUUUAUUAAUUUCACAAUAACAUCAUGGCAUGUGCGGUAAACGAAGUGCAGUCCACCAACCUUGCUCUUAUCACUUCCUGUUCGUUGCAGCGUAGCUGCUUAUUCUAGCUCUUUGAUUGGUUACACGGUAUGUCCGUCAGUUGUAUUACCCAAUACCUUGAGAGUGUUCUGCCCUCUACUCUGACCGGUACCUUGACGAGUUGUAGGGGCUUGUGUGUGCUAAUGACCCUCAGAGCUAUAUUGCCUGCAGUCUUUGGACUGCUGGUAGGGACACCCAUGGCAAGCAGGUCUGCGACGAAGCACCGGACAAAAGCCGGUCUGGAACUCUUGGUUGCCUCAGAAAGCAGGUGUCCCCUGGUUCAUUUGUAAUG